UUGACACCUCAAGAUGGUACCGGCACCACUGCCUCUGCCAACGCGGUUUCCUCUAAACGAGAUCUCGGCUUCAUCGAGGGCGAUCUGAUCGAAUGUCUUAACGCUGGUGACGGUUCGUGGUGGACGGGCAGGCUAUAUCGCGAUAGGCGGACUGUGGGCGUGUUUCCUUCCAACUUCGUCGAAGUUCUUCCCUCCGACUUUCGACCGACGACGAGAUCCGUCAGCCCUCUCCCUGCGGUGGACACACCAAGCCCAAGCACACCACAAAAGUCAAGGACGUUCCGAAAGCCUUUCGAAGCUUACGCAAAAGCGCCACACUACACCGCAGCGAAGCAGCCCGAGGUGUACCGGACGAACCCGCACGCGAGGCCUAGGGGGCACUCCGGGGAGUCCAUUCGCAGCGCGGCUCCCGAGAGCAGCAGGAGAGACCGCUCUCCGGCACCGCCUUCACUGCUGAGAGAACGGUCGCCGGCGCCUUCGGCAGCACUUUCGCGAGAGAACUCUUUUAAUGACACUGCCUCGACUAGAAUGCGAGCCUACACGUCGCCAGCUCCCAGCGGUUAUGUAUCGCGGGGCAAUUCUUUCAAUGAUGGCGCACAGCAGUACAUUCCGAGAGGGCGAACGCCAGUGCAAGACUACCAUCGAUCAAGAACACCUGUUCCUGAUCACCAUCGCGCCAGAACACCCGUGCCUGACCAUCACCGAGCCAGGACUCCGGUCGCCGAUCACUACCGGGCGAGGACACCGAACCCCGAUCAUGACCUGCGUUCGAGAACACCAGUGCCCGAUCAUGGUCACGGAUCCAGAGUCAACUCCUACAACAAUGACAGAGGGCCGUCGCCUGUACCACCUCCACACCAUGGCUCCAGAGACCCCUCUCCGGCGCCCUCGUUCAGCUACAGGCCGUAUCGACCUCCUCAAGGGAAAGUUGAGUCCCCUCCACCUCCACCGCCCCCGCCGCAUCGGCAUGUGGGGGCGCCGCGACACAAGCAGAGCAUUUCGUACGACAGCCGGCACGACGUUCCUCGUCACGGGUCGAAUUCCUCAUACGACGAUCGCUUCGACGCACCGCGGCACGGUUCAAACAGCUCCUUCGACAAGCGCCUCGACCUUGUGCGCCAAGGAUCCAAUGCUUCAUAUGAGAACCGACACCCUCCGCUGGACAGACACGGCUCUCAUCUGUCUUACACUCACAGACCGCCAGCUAUCCAGACGCAGCGAAUGCCUUCUCCGGCUCCGCCGUCUCCUUCAGCCAGUCACAUGACUCCAUCUCCGUUGCGGGAGGCCAUGGACGGCGUAAUAGAGCAAUUGGACGCUUUGGGGAUGCCUCGAGACCCUACGCCGGAACCGCCGUUAGACCCGUGGUCUCCUGAAUCAUUCAACAUGGUCAAUGAUCGCCAGAGAAGGAAAAAUACUUACCAGAGACCCCAAACAUCCAUGGGAAUUGCACAGGACGAGGGAUACGAGACAUGGAGCGGCGGAUCUUCGCGAGAUCAAUCUUACCAGAAUGGCCAGAGCGGGCACCGGGAGGACAAGGAGCAACUGCCUCAACUCAGUAAUUACGUCGAGCGUAUGGAAAGCCGCCUCAAAAAAAUGCACCAACACAGCGCAAGCAUGGCUGACCUUGACGACGAGGCACCGAAGCCGCCCCCGAAAGGCGCACUUUACGAGAGACCGAAAUCUUCCAUGGGCGGACCAGAGGAGAGGAAGCUUCGAGGGAGGAAGUCGGCCUACGAUAUUGGCCGGAACGUACUGAACAGGACUUUUACAACGAAAACGAAUUCUACCAGCGCAUCGUCCGGCAACCAGAGUUCGACGACCCAGAGCAGCGACAGGAGUUUGAUGAGCGGUUCUUCAGCCGGCGCCAUUAGCGCCACAAGCGCAGGCAGUCUUGCUCGGAAAACUCAAAAGCGUGCUCAGAGUGCUCUGGGUAUGCGCGACGCUGACAUUGACCGACCUGAGACUCCCUUCACUGGCGUAACCUACCACAGCAGUCACGCCUCAGACGUGGCUCGGCCGAAAUCACAAGCGGGCUUCCUCGAGGACGCAGGGCUCGGCGGCCUUGUCACCCCGAAGCCCGCAAAAAGGAGCAUUUUUAAGAAACUUCUCGACACAGCCAAGACAGGAGUGGCAUCCGGACGCAGUAGUAUUGCCAUGGGUGGUGAUUCUCCGAGGUCGUCACCUUUCGCCCGCUCUAUGCCAAACGUCGCUUCCCCUGCUGGUAAUGCGAUCUCCCACAUGACCGGCAUGGGAAGCACUGGCUUCGGCAGGGACUCUGCUAGGGACAUGGGUCUUGCCAAUGGAGUAGACUGGGUGCAGGUUCGCAGAGACGUCAACCGGUCCAAUUCGCUGAGCAAGAAUGAACGAAAUGAACGAAGAGACCGUUGUCAGAUGCUCGACUACCCGGCCUUGAACCCCGUUGACGAGCUGUACGAAGGCAUUGAGGGCGACGAAGGGGCCGACGGGCAACCGGUUGAAGACCCCAUCGACUAUCAGGCCCUGAACCUCACGCAAGUGGACAAGAACUCGAGGUUUGUGAGCAGCCUGCCACCGAUGACAACGGCGCUCUCUCUGGCGACGACCUACGUCUGCCGUCCGUAUCGCAGCGACGUCCAAAGACUUCGAGCAAUUUUUACCUGGGUAUCAGAGAAGAUUUGCUGGGAAGAGGACUUUGAAGGCCAAGUUGACACACGGAGAGUGGUGCAGACGAAAAGAGCAUGCGCUGAGGAGUACGCUGCUUUGGUUCAGGAGAUGUGUACUGCGGUAGGUAUUCACUGCGAAAUGGUUCGCGGAUACCUCAAAACACCGGGCGAAAUUCCAGAGCACAACAUCAUGCCGCGGGCAAACCAUUGGUGGAACGCUGCGUUGGUCGACAACGAGUGGCGUAUGAUUGACUGCUGUAUGGCUAGUCCAUCGUACCCCAGACGGCAUCUCUACUCAAGUGCCGGCAACGGCGUGGCUGACUUCUGGUGGUUCCUCGCGAGGCCGACGGAGAUUUGCUGGACGCACAUUCCUGAGCACCAUUCUCAACAACACCUGUGCCCACCUCAGGCGCACGAAGUCCUCCUCAACCUUCCAUGUGCUUGCCCUCCUUUCUUCAAGAACGAUCUCGAGAUGGUCGACUAUAACACGGCGUCAACUCGUAUCGAAGAUCUGGAGAUGGUUCACAUCAAGUUCAACUGUCCACCCGAUGUAGAGAUCGCGGCCGAGGUUGAGGUUCGAGGCUACACGAGAGACGCGGAUGGGGACGUUUUCGAGAGUGGAGAGAUGGUGAAGAAGAGAGCGUUGGCCCAAGCAGAGUGGUUCAACGGAAACAAGCGUUACACUGUGAAAGCUCUGCUACCCGGUGAUGAGGGCCAAGGUACCCUGAAGAUCUACGCCGGCAAGCGUGGCCUGAUGCACAGCAUCAAGGAUAUUCCUCACCCGGUGGCCUUCGCGGUGCCAAUCAUUCACACGGGAGAGAACCCCCCGUACGAGUUCGUGACGAGACACCCGACGCCUCACGCACAACGUCACGACAUCUACGUUGUUCAGCCUCAAUGUCAACGUCUGGCACUGAACAACACCUUCGUCUUCGCGAUCCGACAGCAUCCCAGCACCUUGACCGGCAGUGUUGGAUCGCCAAUGACACCAUCAUCAAAUCCAGGAGGCGCGAGCCCGAUUCCGUUCGCCAGGCCCAGCUCAGCUCUGAGCAUGACGGCCUCCAACGUCAGCGGCACCAACUCGGCCACGGGAUCGUCGGGCAAGAAACCGGCGAAGCUGGCGAUUCAAACACCCGGUGGCAAGAUCCUCCGUCUUAUGAGGAAGGAGGAUCGCCGGGGAAUCAGCGUCGGCAGCAGGGGAAGCGAGGAGGAGGUCAGCGAUGGCGGCACCUGGGAAACCAUCAUCAAGUGCUCCGAGAAGGGAGUGUGGAGGGGUCUCGUGUUGGCGGACCGCACCGCUCGCUGGUGCGUCUUUGCCGAAUGGGUAUGCGUUGGAUGA